AUGUCAGCGCCCAUUACUCUAAUAUCCUUGUUAAAUGCUAAUCCGGGUCAAACCAGGUUUGAAAAAUCACUCUAUGAUCUUAUAAAGGGUCUCCGACACCACAAAGGAACAGAGGAAGAAUAUAUACAAGAUAGUUUGCGAGAAUGCAAGACCGAAAUCAGAUCACAGGAUAUGGACAAAAAGGCCACGGCACUCCUGAAACUAAUAUACUUGGAGAUGUUUGGUUAUGACAUGUCGUGGGCAUCGUUCCAUGUUCUGGAGGUCAUGUCGUCCGCGAAGUAUCUACAGAAACGCGCUGGGUACCUCGGAGCAGUCCAGAGAUCUCGUGUCUCACAGUAUACCGAAUAUGUCCCUUCCACUGAUCACACUACCAAACAUCGCAACGACAUCCCUCUCAAUGUCUUUACUUCCAGACGUCUUAUCUCGAAUCUCUCACUCACAUUCCGUGCAUGGCCUAAGCUCAAGGAGAGGCUCAUGGAUGACCAGGAGGACACCAGUGUGACUACGGCUGUGCUCAACGUUUUUGCGACUUUGACGCCUCUCGAACCGCGAUUGAUACGAAAGCUGCACCGUCCAUUGGUGAACAUAAUCCAAACGACCACGGCCAUGUCAUUACUCUAUGAGUGCAUCAACGGUCUGAUUCAGGGUGGUAUACUUGACUUCGAUGCGGGGAUCGAAGAAAAGGAUGAAAUUGCAAGUCUGUGUGUUGGCAAACUUCGGGGCAUGGUAGUUUCUGACUCGGAUCCAAACCUCAAAUAUGUGGCGCUCCUGGCCUUCAACAAGAUCGUGCUCACAUAUCCAGGCCUAGUGUCAUUGCAACAGGAUGUGAUAAUGCAUUGCUUAGAUGAUGCCGAUAUAUCCAUCCGUCUCCAAGCACUUGAGCUUGCAGCAAGAAUGGUCACGAGUGAUAGCCUACAGUCAAUCGUUGGUCGGCUGGUUUCCCAGCUUAUGGAUUCCCGGCCACUCAAGAAGGGAAGCCACCUUGAACCUGGGGAUGGAUACCCCGAAUGGGAGAAUGAUAAGCAGCGAAGUGAAUGGACGAAUAAGGCGCCACUUAUAUUGCCGCCAGAAUACAGGGUUCAAGUCAUACAUCGCAUUUUAGAUAUAUGCUCCUUUGACAAUUACUCAAACCUGACAGACUUCGAAUGGUAUGUGGACGUGCUGAUACGGCUGGUAACCCUUCUCCCGGCAGACAGCGAGGAUACCUUUAUGACGAAUGCUACACAUAAUGAGCAAGAAACUUUGUCUCAGAGCAACAUAACGGACCGAAUCGGCUCAGAGAUACGGAAUAUUGCUGUCCGUGUUCGAGAUGUUCGAAUGGAAGCGACUAGAGCUGCGGAGUCUCUAAUUCUUAUUGACAACAGGCAGACCCUGUUCUCUGGAGUACCAAUGUCGAAUAAUAGUGCUCUAGGCCCCCUUGCAUGGGUCGUUGGGGAGUAUGCUCAAUACCUCUCGUCGCCUAGACAGACUCUUUACUCGUUAAUAGACGUGUCCAACGUUUCAUUGCCAGCAAAAACUCUUUCCCUCUACGUCCAAGCUAUACCCAAGAUAUUCACCCAAAUCGUUUGCAGCGGUGGUCGAGACUGGAGCUCGAGCAAAAGGAGCGAGGUUGCACUCAAUCUGGCCCGAAUCAUCGACUUCUUGGAAGCCCUGGGGGCACAUCCAGAUUUGAAUGUGCAGGAAAGGGCCAUCGAGUUUCUAGAGAUUAUGCGAUUAGCAGCUGACGCUGCACGCUCAACGAGUCUAGAUACCCACGAUACCCCGUUUUUGCUAUCUUCGGUGAUUCCUGGUCUUUUCGAUGGCCUCGAGCUAAACCCGGUCUCUGUUAAUGCCCAGAAGAAAGUUCAAUCGCCAGACGAGCUGCAGUUACACCAGACAUUUAAUGAAGAUCUUUGGGUGCUCUUCAGUCAUGAACAUGGAAAUUCUCACGAGAAAGAGAGUAAACUGCCAUUCCAUGAAUAUUAUUAUAGUCGAGAGACAUUUGUCCCGGAUAAGCAGGGCAUGGACAGCACAUCAGAUGAUUUGCAACUGAUGCCGUUUGCGUCCCCCGGACUGGAUCAGGUUGAGGAUCAGGCCGCCCUCGUAAGGCGGAAACACUACCGAAAAGAGCGCACUCGAGAUGACCCAUUCUACAUUGGAACCGAAGAUGCGUGGACCGCUAUAUCUGAGCCCUCCCGCCCCCAAUUGCAGAUCUCGGACGAAGGCGAGCUAAACAUCGACGCCAUUCCUAUCAUUGAUCUCAAAUUGAGUGAAACGAGAGAACGACACAGCGAUCACAUGUCUUCUCCCCCGCCUGAAGAGACCCAGUCCACGGCCGGAUCACGACUUAGAAGAUACCAUGUAAUCCCGGAUGAGAUGAUCGGACACGAAGAGGAGCUUGGUGUCAAAGACACUAACUCCCUUAGCAAAUUAAAUCGAUCACCGCUUUUAGUGGAUUCGAGCGGUUUACAGCGCCUCACUUUAGGGGAGGAGGGGGUAUCCUCAGGAUACACGCGAAGCGUCCCAAAGGCCGAAGAUGAUGCGGAAAUGGCCAAGGCAAUGCAGCAAGUGGAAAGGUUCCGACUGGAAUUGCAAAGGGAGUCAGAGCGCGUCCAUCCGACAGGGGUUCCCUCCGAGGGAACAUUGGUCAAAAAGAAGAAACGGGUAAAGAAGACUACGGUCCCUGUUUCUCGGGAUAGUGGACAGGAGCAUGAACCAGUUGUAGAUGGAAAUAGUCAGCGCAAGCCGAAGAAGAAGAGGCCGAAGAACCAAAGGGUGGUGACAUCUUCUUGA